AUGUAUAGUCUGUUCAUUUCUUUCUUUCUUUCUUUUUCAUUAUGUUCAUUAUCUAUCUAUCUAUCUAUCUAUCUAUCUAAAAAGAAUAAGACGAGAUAUCCCAUGAGGUAUCUAUCUAUCUAUCUAUCUAUCUAUCUAUCUAUCUAUCUAUCUAUCACAAUCCUGUCCAUAUCUAUCUAUCUAUUUAUGAAUAAAAAUGACAAUAGGAAAACUGGUAAUUUAAUAACAGACUAUCUAUCUAUCUAUCUAUCUAUCUAUCUAUCUAUCUAUCUCAGUUUUGUGUAUGUAUGUAUGUAUGUAUGUAUGAAUCUAUCUAUCUAUCUAUCUAUCUAUCUAUCUAUCUAUCUGCCCCAGUUUUUACCAUCUAUCUAUCUGGUCUUUCUUUCUUUCUUUCUUUCCUUUCUUCCUUCUUCUUUCCUUCCUUCCGUCCUUCCUUUUUUCUUCCUUCCUUUCUUCUUUCCUUCCUUCCUUCCUUUGUUUCUUCCUUCCUUCUUCCUUCCUUCCUUUCUUUCUUUCUUCUUUCCUUUCUUUCUUCCUUCCUUUCUUUCUUUCUUUCUUUCUUUCUUUCUUUCUUCCUUCUUCUUUCCUUCCUUCCGUCCUUCCUUUUUUCUUCCUUCCUUUCUUCUUUCCUUCCUUCCUUCCUUUGUUUCUUCCUUCCUUCUUCCUUCCUUCCUUCCUUCCUUUUUCCUUCCUUCCUUCCUUCCUUCCUUCCUUCCUUCCUUCCUUUCUUUCUUUCUUUCGUCAUUUCUUUCUUUCUUUCUUUCUUUCUUUCUUUCUUUCUUUCCUUCCUUCCUUCCUUUCUUUCUUUCUUUCUUUCUUCCGUCCUUCUUUCUUUCUUUCUUUCUUUCUUUCUUUCUUUCUUUCUUUCUUUCCGAAACCGAACAUAGAACCUGA